UCAAAUUAUUGGCUCCUCGCACGCUCAGCUCAAACCAAAUAUGAAACGAAGGCACACUGUGUUAUGUUCCUUCGUGACUAAGCUGAAUUGUUGGGUCCCAAGUGCUUAUGUCACCAAAAAAAAAUCUAUUUUUAAAAGCCAACUAAAUGGACCCCACGCACUAGUGACACCUGACUCAAAAGUUUAAUCAAAUUACAAAAAUAUCCCUGGUGGAACACACCCGUUUGCCAAUAAAUACUACACUCCUGACCUUACCACUUCCCUUUUCUCCUCCUAACUACCCACCCCCCUUUAGAAGCGAUUUUCCGGCCAUGUUGUCCACUUUCCCGGCCACUACUCUGUCCGCCGACGGACUUUUUUCCAAUUUAUUUCCGGCAUUUGAUGGAGGAUUCACUCCUUGGGAAUGUAUCGAACCGGCUUUUCUAUUUUCACAACAAGUGGAAUCGGUUGUUUCACCCAAGGAAUCCCCACCACCUGAACCGGUUAUUUCAAACUCCGAUUCAGGUUCUGAUGACUCCAAACCUAAUUCUGUUCACUCUAGUUCCGGUUCAGAUGACCCGAACCGGAAUAAUAACAAUAAUAAUAAGUCGAACCGGUGUCCUGACGAGAGAAAGCGGCAGCGCACGACAUCGAACCGUGACAUGGAUGAGAGGAAGCGUCGACGUAUGGUAUCGAACCGGGAAUCAGCAAGGCGGUCUCGCAUGCGAAAGCAAAAGCAUCUGGAAAACCUGCGGAACCAAGCGAACCGGCUUAAAGUAGGGAACCGGGAAAUAAUGAACCGGUUACGGUUAAUCACUCACCAGUGCCAAGUGGUCCAGUGUGAGAACGAGCGGCUGAGGACCGAAUCGGCUAUCCUUCGGCAAAGACUUGAGGGUAUACGUCAAAUAUGGAUCAACCGGCAAUUUAAUUCUUAUUCUGCAUGGGCAUGCAAUAAUAUGGAACAAAGACCUCAUUAAUUAAUCAAUUGGAACUAUAAUAAAUCAUCAUUAAACGUGCUUCUUCCUCUAAUCAUAACUAUCAGAUGAACUGAAAUGAAGUCACAAGAGAAAUUUCUCUCUCUAUUUCUUGUAAAUUAAAAGGUGCGUAUAAUUGUGGUAAAGAGAUGUAGUAAUAUUAUGUAGCUACUAGCUAGGAGUUUUGAGGUUGGGACCAAAUGGUGGUUUUAUUUUAAGCAAAACCGGGCUAUCAUUAUGGUGUAAAUGACUCAAUCGUGCUAUGUUUGGUUUAUUAGUUAAAUAAAUGUAUCAAACUAUUUUCCUUUUGCCUUU